AACCACAACAACUAGAGAAAAAUGAACGCAAUUUCUGGACUUGUUAAGGAUACAUUGCCAAAUUAUUUGUCGAGUUUGCCAAUUCCCGAUAGUUUUGGUGGAUGGUUCAAAUUGUCGUUUAAAGAUUGGUUAGCCCUCAUUCCACCCACAGCCGUUGCUGCCGGUAUUGGUUAUACCGUUUAUUUAGCCUACUGCCCAGCUGCCAAAGGUGGCUGCUCCAAAGCCGGACGUUGUAAUCAAUCCGUGCGCAAACAUGAAGCCAAGGUAGUCGAUAUGGUUGAUAUUGAAAAUAUUGCCGAAAAGGCUGCCUUCUGUCGCUGCUGGAAAUCGAAGAAUUGGCCCUACUGUGAUGGCAGCCAUGGUGAACACAAUAAACAAACUGGUGACAAUGUUGGUCCAGUGGUGGUCAAGAGAAACUCUUAGAUAAAAAAAGGAAA